GGAAUUCACUCAGCUCGGGAUUACACAUGUAUUGCUGUUUGACCUGCUUCAUUCCACUGAAUUGUUGUACGUGGACUUUUCAAACCGCAACGAGGAACGUUAGCCUGUUCGGCCGCGGUUCUGUAGCUUGUUUUCAUGAGCUAGCUUAACGGAGCUAACGAAAAAUGUCUAAAAAGUCAAAAAAGAGAAAGCGCAAGAAGUCUUCAUCCUCAAAUGAAGAAGAUGAGAAGGUAUCAAGGGAGCAAGAUGACAAGCGGAAAAAAGCUGUAAAGAGUCAGGAGAGCUGUACAAAGGAAAAAGAAAAAUCUGUUCCUUCUACCGUUAAAGAUGACUCCCAAAGCACCCGCCACAUCAAGAAGCCUGUCUACAGAUUGGCAAACACGCAAGCAACAGAGCAGAAACCUCUUAAUAAGGAGGAACAAUGUACUAAAACACAAAGUGCCUCUGUGCCAUUCCAUGGGGGAAAUUGCUCCAGCAAAGCAAAACAUUACAUUUUGGGGAAAGAUAAGACUGUGGAAAAGGGAUCCUCAAAAUACUUGAACACCGACGAUUUACGUGCAGCUCCUCCGAGAACAGAGACGACGUCUAAAGGAAGACUAGAUGAAAAGUCUUCCCCGAGGAUCCCGUCCAAAUUAAGAAAGCACUCAACGAGUUCCAGUUUAUUCUCUGCUGAACAGGAGCUGAAGCACGAUGUACACAGGAGGAAGUGUACAGCUGAGGAACCAUCAAGAGCGAGAAAUGACAGUAGCACUAACAAGACCCGGGAACCUACCUCCUCUUCCUUCAAGGAUUCUCUGGAGCGACGGAGACGGGCGCUAGUCAAAGACAGAUACCAAAGGCUUCAUGAAAAGGAGUCAAAGGCCAGAACUAGCUUGUGUUCAGACGCAGAGCAUCCCUCUGCUUCCGUCACAAAGAAGUCUUCCAGCUCAGCCAAACACUCUUCUUCAGAGAGUCGCUCAAAGGUGCUGAAGAAAGACACGUCAGCUUCGUGGACUGUCACGUCAGCUUCGCAUAAAACAGCUCAGUCCCCAUCUGCUCAGAAACAAAUACCUCCUCUCAUACCAUCGGUGCCUCCUGAUUUUAAGAUACCUAAAAAGGUUCAGCCAGGACGAGUUGAUGAGAGAAGUGAUAAUAACAAAGCAGUUCCUACCAUCUUAAAUGUCAAACAUGAAGUUAAGGUCUCAGAGAAGGUUUCAGGGAGCAGCUCUAAGCAGGAAACCGUCAAACAAGCUCCCAGCUGUUUGGAUGUUGCCUCUAAGUUUGAUGGACCAGGUGAAAGGUUGUCUUUGUCUCGCCAGCUCUCAGCCACAGGUGACAUCAACACUGAGCCACCAUGGCAUGACCAGAUGGAAGUGGUUGAAAAGCUUCAUCUUGCUCGCUCUGAGAAGAGGCUGGAGGUCGAUGUCAUGCAGAGCUAUGGGGAGCUCACCUGCAUGGACAUAGACUCUCCAGAAAAUGGACCUGUAGACACACAGUGCAGACAGCCCCCUCAGCAAGGCCUGAUCCUCGUUCUGGACACCAACAUUCUCCUCAGUCAUCUGGAUUAUGUGAAGAACAUCCGAUUUCAAGGCCUUGGAGCCCUGGGCUUCCCUGUCGUCCUGAUCCCCUGGGUGGUGCUUCAGGAGUUGGAUUCCCUAAAAAGGGGAAGAGGCUUGUCAGGAUCUGUGGCCCACCUGGCAACUCCCGCCAUCUCGUACAUUUACAACUCUUUGAAGAGCCGGGAGCCCCACCUCUGGGGGCAGUCUAUGCAGCAGGCUGCUGGGAGCAUCAAUGGUCUGAAUGCUGAGAAUAAUGAUGACAGAGUGCUGCAGUGCUGCCUGCAAUACCAGAAUCUGUAUCCAGAGUGUGCUCUCAUCCUGUGCACCAAUGAUAAGAAUCUGUGCAGUAAAGCCCUCCUGAGUGGGGUGCAUGCCCUCUGCAAGAAUGAUUUGGAGUCUAAGGUUGAGAGAUCCAGACAUGGCCCUGACAUCCCGCAGAACAUUCAGGCUCCCAUGCUGCCUCACAUCAGCCCCCAGGCCUCACCACCAAUGCUAAGCAGGAGCUGCACACCAGCUCAGCCACACAGUCAAGAGAAAGCAGGCUGUUCCGUAGGACUCGUGGAGAAAGAUACUAAGCGGCUCAGUGAAAGAAACCAGGAGGAGACAGAAUUGGACAUUAGCACAAGUGUUUGUCGACUGGAAGGCUGUUUACGUGAGGUGCUGUCUCAUGUGUUAGAGGUGGAGAUGAAGGCUGCUUACGACGACCUCUGGCUAGAGAUAGUUUAUCGAAAGCCACCCUGGACUCUUCCAGAUGUCCUGGAGUGUUUAAAAAAGCACUGGAUUGCUGUUUUUGGGCACAUUGUCCCACGGAGCAAGCUGCAGACUGUUUUGAAUCUCAUCAAGUUCUUUAACUCAGGUGCAGCAGCGGACCGUAGCACUACCUCAGUGGCCCUUCAAGAAGCUCGGGAGCUUGUGAAAGCUUUCUGGAAAAGUUCGAGCCAUGUUCCCCACGCCAUCUCUGUAAUGGACGACAUAUUCAAUAAGCUGCAACCUCAGGAGCUUCAUCUGUCUGCGGAGGGAGACUCUAGCUCCAGUGAUGUCGUCAUGAAUGAUGAUGAUGAGGAAGAAGAGCAGCCCACACCUGCUCAGGUCUCUCACCAGGAAGUGUGGGCUGUGUUUGAGAGCAUCUGGUCCAAAGUGUACCCAGUGAGCUUAGAAGUGUUCAAAGCUCUGGGCUUUGACCCUUACACCAUGCAGAGUGCUCAGCCAGUGGGAGGUCCUCCACCGCCACAGGACGCCUUAGCCUGUUUGCACAAACUGUCCUCCAUGGUCUCACAGCUGCUCCAGGCCUUCAGCAGUGUUUUGUCCUCAGCUCCUGGUUUGGAGGAAGUCCAGAACCUGCUCAGCAUCAUCCAGUCCAAUAAGCUCACUGAUGAAGAUUCCAGAUUAACAGCCAAAGACCUUCUUGAUUGUUUCUCACAACCAGACUACAGGGAGAAGCUCCGGGUCGGGGGGAGCCAGUUCAUGGAGCUGCAGCAGGCCCUGGAUCAUUGUGUUUGGACCGCAAGUCAAAACAACACCUUCACCACGUAGCGCUGAUUGGACCAGUGUUUGCUCAUCAGCCAAGCAGACGCCUCCAAAGACCUUUUACUUGAACUGAAGACUGUAAGUUGAAGGCGUGACUGCUGAGACGGAGCGUCCUGCGACCCGACACCUUUACCUCCAUCCAGACGAGUGUGUUUGGUGCUUUUGAUAGAGACGGUGUUCUCUGAAUGAAGGCAUGUCUGUGGAUGUUCUCCAUCAUUCUAAAGGUUUAUCAUUAAACACUGUAUUUUCCAGUCAGCGUUCUCCAAUAGUCGUUCAGAUAUUUGACACCUGAUUCUCGUGUCUCCCGCCGAUCUGCCAAUCACGGUCGAGCAGCCAGUUUCCCCGUUUCAUCCUUCGCAGAGCGUUUUUACAUUUCAAGUCAAAUUUAUUGAAGAAACACACAUUAAAUGUUAUAUUUAUUUAUUUGAAUGGAUCAGUUCAACACUACAGCUUCACGCAGGUUAACAAUUGGAGAGCAAAAAUCUAUUUUAUGUAAGAGUUUAAUGUUUACAACGAGAAAUUGCUGCAUUUACUGAAUUUUUUAUUUUUUAUCUCAGAUUAAUUGUUUGGUCCACACAACUGUGGAAGAUGGAAGAGAACAAAACUUGAGAACUGAGCACUUGUGGGUUCUUUAGAAACUAUCGGCGAGAUAGAGAGCAAUAAUCAGAGACUUUUUAUUUUUACAGUUUAGUUUGACAAAAUUAGCUUUUAUUGGUUUUGGUUGAAAAAUGAGAAUUUAUUUAAUGUGAAAGAGUUUUAUGUUUCCAACAAGAAGUGAAAUGUUGUAAAAUAUUUUGAAGCAUUGUCUUAUUAAAGACUUAUUUUUCUUAUCUGCA